AAAAAAAUGAAACUGAUGAGUAUCUAAAACAGCAGUUAAUUAUUCACCAAUCUCAGUUAGAAAGUGGUAAAAAAAGAGCAAAAGAAUUAAGGGAUGAUUUGGAUAAAUUAAGAAAAGAAUUAGUAGGAAGCAAUAACUUGAUGAAAUUGCUAGGUUUAGACAAACUAAAAACUACUGAUAAGGUUAUGAUUAUUGGCGGAGUAAUAUUAGUAAUUUAUUUAUUAAAAGGUAACAUAAUAUUCAAAGACUUAAAAGAAACUACCCAAGAGUUUAAUGAAAAAAUAAAAGACAAGAACUUAGAGGUAAAAGAUGUCGAAAAAAUUCAAAACACUGUUAAAAAGUAUGCUUCUCCACAAACUAUUGAUAAAGCUGAUGGGAAAAGAAAAGGUUUGAAAACUUGCCACCAUCCUAGUGAAGAGAUCAUUCCUUGCGAAGAUGAUCCUGAUUGCAAAAAUUUAGAAGAAUUAGCAAAGGAUUAUGACCUUGAUACCUUAGAUACACUUAAUUUACUCCAUAAAAUUCAAUUUGGAACUUUUACUAAUCAAGAACAAAUGCAACAAGUUUAUCAACAAAGAUUAGAAAGAAAAACUAAUCGCACUCCGGAAGAAGAAGCAGAAUUAGAGAAUUUAAGAACUAGAUUAAGAGAAUUAGAACAGCAGACGGAAAAGCAACCGCAAGAUUGUGGAGGAGAUAUAGGGUGUAGAAUAAGAAAUAUUAUCGAUACGUUCGCUCAUGGUGGAACUUAUAACCGUGCAAGCGAGGGCAGACCGCUUGAAAAAGUAUAUCCUGAAGAUUGUAAAAAGACUGACAUAACUAAAAGAGGAGAAAAGUUCUAUAUUGACAAUUUCUUUGAAACACUUCAAUCAAAGAAAAAAAUAACUUCGGGAGAUAUUGUUGAAACUUUAUCAAAAGUUUCAGAAAAGCAUAAGGAUGAUAAUUGCGAAGUCAAAAAUUCAGUUAAAAUAAACGAUAGAAAUGCAAUACACGAUGACUCUAUUGUUGAUACUUGCACAAUGUUUUUAUCAACUGAAUUAGUUCACACCUUUUAUAGAAAUAAGACGCAAACUUCUAAAACAAUAACAACAAAAGUUAAGGAGGAAUUAUAA